AUGAAGACUGUCGACGAAGUGCUCGCCAAGGUUGGUCGAUCAAAGAUAUUCAGUGUUAUCGAUCUCAAGAGUGGUUUCCAUCAUGUGCUACUCUCCAAGGAGUCACGCCAGUACACUCAGUUCAAGAUUGGCAAUGAGUUGUACGUGUUCAAGAGAUGCGCUUUCGGUCUGCGCAACAGUCCAGCCUUCUUCAACAGGUGGAUCAAUCACGUCUUCGCGCCGCUUAUCAAAGCAGGCAUACUCGAACUCUAUGUCGACGAUGUGAUCGUCCAUUCCAAGGACCUCAACGACCACCACAAGCAUCUCAAGAUGACAUUCGACCUGUUACGCAAGCACGUCUCCAACAAGUUCACCAGACUCAAGCUGUCCGAGGAGCAUCGGAAAGACUUCCAAACCAUCCGCACUGCGUUGUGCAGCGACACAUGUCUGAUUGUGCCGCGCAAGGAGGUCCCUCUGAGGGUAUACACGGACGCGAGCGACUUUGGUACAGGUUUACUGAUCGCUCAAGAGGACGCCAACGCGAAUCUCAGACCGGUGCUGUUCGACAGCAAGAAGUUCAACCCGGCCCAGAGAGCCUACGACACACGUGAUCGUGAACUACUUGGUUUGAUCAACUGCCUAAAGAAGUAUCAACACUUGCUGAGGGACAAGCCAUUCAUCUGGUACACCGACCACAAGAACCUGUUGUACGAGGCCAACCUGGAGUCGCGUCCGGCCCGUGUCCAACGUUGGUACGAGAUCAUCUCCAACUUCUCUUUCGCCACUCAAUACAUCGAAGGAAAGUCCAACUGCAUGAGCGACUACCUCUCACGCACGCCAAGGUUCUGGAACCCUUGGGACGACGACUUUAUUGUCACCGUCAAACAGUCGUGCGCCGAUCUCAAGAACGUGCCCAAACACGUCAAGAAGUGGUUUGACAAGCUCAAGACCAGAGGUGACGUCGUCUGCCACGACGGCCUCUACUUCUUCGUUGAUGGUGAGAAGGUCAGGAUGGUCAUCAUCGACCCUGAACACAUCGCAAGAGUGCUCAAGGAUACACAUGGUCUCGAACAUAUAGGAAUCAACAGACUCUUCGACAAAGUCUCAUCAUUGUACAUUUGGCAUGGUAUGUCCAAGUCAGUCACGGACUCACAACAAUUUUAUCGUGGUGGUGUCCAUGAGGUCCAAUGA